CUGCGCCUGCGUAGGCUGCGGCAAAGCUAGACGCUCUCAGGCUUGCGCUCAUUGCUGGCUAGUGCUAGUGUAAAAAGAUCGCCCUUCUUUCCAGCGCUCACUUUUGAUCCGCCCAGCUCUCGGGUCUCGGAUUUCGGCUUUGUGCCGAGGCGCCAACUCACCUACGGUCCUCUCUCCGACGAAUCGCUGACCUACCAGCUCCCGCUCCUGUCUCCUGGAACCAUGUCUCUGGUAAGCCAGAAUGCGCGCCACGGCAGCGCAGAGACCACUGCAGAUUACAGCGACGGCCGGGGUGAAAUGCAGGCUACUAACGCCUCCGGGCCCCCCACCUCCAUGCUGGUCCCUGAUACCCUCCAGGGCUCUCAGGUUCCUAUGGACCCUCAGGGUGCCAGCGCUUCUCAAGCCAUCCAGGACCCGAAUGACAUCGAGGUCCUCAUCGACGAGCAGUCCCGACGUUUGGGGGCGCUCAGGGUCCACGACCCUCUAGAAGACAGGUCAAUAGCUUUGGUGAAUUUCAUGCGAAUGAAAAGCCAAACCGAGGGGUCUAUCCAGCAGUCAGAGAUGCUGGAGUUUCUCAGAGAAUACUCAGAUCAGUUCCCUGAGAUACUCAGACGAGCCUCAGCUCACCUGGAUCGGGUCUUUGGGUUGAACCUGAGAGUUCUUGAUCCUCAGGCUGAUACUUACAACCUAAUCAGCAAACCGGGUCCCCAGACCACUGAUCGGCUAGCAGAGACUCUGGACGUGCCAAAGGCAGGUCUCCUGGCCCUUGUCCUAGGCCACAUCCUCCUGAAUGGCAACCGGGCAAGAGAGGCUUCCAUUUGGGACCUGUUGCUAAAGGUUGAUGUGUUGGAUGAGCCUCAGAGGAUCAACAAUCUCUUAGGGAACACAAGAAAUCUCCUUACUACUGACUUUGUGCGCAUGCGAUUCUUGGAGUACUGGCCCGUGUAUGGCACUAAUCCCCUCGAAUUUGAGUUCUUGUGGGGCUCUAGGGCCCACAGGGAGAUCACAAAGAUGGAAGCCCUGAAGUUUGUGGCAGAGGCCCAUGAUGAAGAACCCUGGAGCUGGCCAGAAGAAUAUAACAAGGCCCUGGAAGCUGACAAAGCCAAAGAAAGAAGCCAGGCUGCUGGCUUAGAGUUCUGGUCAGAGGACACUAUGAAUGACAAGGCAAAUGAUUUGGUCCAGUUGGCUAUUAAUGUCACUGAGGAGUUGCUCCCUAUACAUCAGGAUGAGCUCUUGGCUCACACUGGCAAAGAAUUUGAGGAUGUGUUCCCAAACAUCCUCAGUCGAGCUACUCUAAUCCUUGAUCUGUUCUAUGGGUUCUCUCUGAUUGAGGUUGAUACCAGUGAGCACAUCUACCUCCUAGUUCAGCAACCAGAAUCAGAAGAAGAGCAAGUAAUGUUAGAGAGCUUGGGGAGACCCACUCAAGAGUAUGUGAUGCCAAUCCUGGGCUUGAUCUUCCUGAUGGGCAACCGUGUUAAAGAGGCCAAUGUCUGGAACUUGCUUCGGAGAUUUAGUGUGGAUGUCGGGAGAAAGCAUGCCAUCACCUGUAAGCUUAUGAGGCAGCGCUACCUGGAGUGCAGGCCACUGUCCUACUCUAAUCCAGUUGAAUAUGAGCUUCUCUGGGGUCCUCGAGCUCACCUUGAAACCACCAAAAUGAAAGCCUUGGAGUACAUGGCCAGGCUCUACAGAAAGCGACCACAGGACUGGCCAGAGCAAUAUAGGGAGGCCAUGGAAGAUGAGGAGGCCAGAGCCAGAUCUGAGGCCACUGCCAUGUUCUUCUUUGGCUCCAUGUGAAGUUUGUAAAAGAUGUAUCACUACAGUUGAGUGGCAUCAGUUAAAAGGGCCUUGAGAAAAUGGGCAUUGGGGCCCCAAAUCAGAAGUUGGGGAGGGUUGGGGUAGGGAGUACACAUUGUGCUUACUAUCUGUGUUCCAGUUAUAAUUGUAUUUCCUUCCUUCUAAUAUACCCUAAAAUUAGGUUCAUGAUCAAUGUUUAUGAAUUGCUCAUUUGCCUUCCCUGUCUUGUUUCAGUAUAAAAGUUCAGACAGCUAUGUAAAAUGUACUGGUAAUGUUUACAUGUUUGUAAUAAUCAGUAAAACUAUCAGGUGUAGAAGUUAAAUAACAAUAAUAACACACACACAAAACACACAAAUCCACAAUACAAAAACACACAGCCUUCCCUUUGUGUCUACUGUUGUGUGAAAAAAGACUGCCAUUUACCUGUAUUUACUUUGUUGUUCCAGAGUGUAGUGAAAAAUAAAAGCAUAAUGAAUUAGAUACCCUGA